AUGCAGAGCUUCAAAGCAGCAGAACCAGCUUCUUUCACCAACUCAUAUUUGUAUUGCCACUCGCCCUUUCAUCUUCGGGUUGAUGAAAGUAACAGAAACCAGACGCGGUUUGCGGAUCUUGGGGAGCUUGAGCAGUCAGCUGGGUUUCAUCCGGAGGAUGCUGUUGAUUUAAGCCGAAGUUCUAUAUACAAUGAUGUAAAGCCAAACAAUGUUGCUCUUGUUUCUCAUAACUUACAGUUUGGUGGACUAAACACGGACAUUGGAUCAACAGAAAUGGGUUCAUCAGGAACAGGGGUUGAUACAGGGCAGUUCAUGUUGCAGAAGGGGACACCACAAACACCAACAAUAGUGGGUGUUAGUGGGGGGUCUUUGGGAAGUGGGCACUUUGAGAAUUGGGGAGAGUCUGUAAUGGCAGACCACAGCCAACAGACCGACACUUCCACAGAUGUUGACACUGACGAUAAGAAUCAGUUUCAUGGAGUCCAACAUGGAGCACUGUUAGUUGUGGACUCGGUCGAUCAAUCAAGUGGAAAACCUGGAGAUCAGAAGGUGGUUGACAUGACACUUCGUAGGCUGGCUCAAAACAGAGAAGCUGCACGCAAGAGUCGGUUGAGGAAAAAAGCGUAUGUUCAGCAGCUGGAGAAUAGUCGGCUCAAGCUUACCCAAUUAGAGCAGGAGCUUAAGCGAGCACGUCAGCAGGGUAUGUUUGUUGCAUCUGGACUUUCAGGAGAUCAGAAUUAUUCAGUUGGUGGAAAUGGCGCCUUGGCAUUUGACAUGGACUACGCUCACUGGCUUGAUGAACAUCAACGGCUUAUCAAUGAUCUGAGAUCAGCUGUAACUUCUCAAGUGGGUGACAAUGAACUGCGCCUUCUUGUUGAUGGAGUAAUGUCGCAUUAUGAUGAAUUAUUCAGGUUAAAGAACAUAGGUGCAAAGGCUGAUGUAUUUCACAUGCUCUCGGGCAUGUGGAAGACCCCUGCGGAAAGGUGCUUCAUGUGGUUGGGUGGAUUUCGUUCAUCUGAGGUUCUUAAGAUUCUUGGGAACCACCUUGAACCUUUAACGGAUCAGCAGUUGAUGGGAAUAUGUAAUCUACAGCAGUCCUCCCAACAGGCUGAGGAUGCCUUAUCACAAGGAAUGGAAGCUUUGCAGCAAUCACUUUUAGAGACACUUUCCUCUAACUCCCUCGGGCCUACUGUAUCGGGCAACAUGGCCGACUACAUGGGACAAAUGGCAAUUGCCAUGGGCAAGCUUGCCACACUCGAGAACUUCCUUCAUCAGGCCGACCUUCUGAGGCAGCAAACCUUGCAACAAAUGCAGAGAAUUUUGACACCCCGUCAAGCUGCGCGUGCCCUCCUUGUUAUCAGUGAUUAUAUGUCACGUCUCCGGGCACUCAGUUCUUUAUGUCUGCUGAUGGUAGGUAAGUCCCACACCAAAUUUGACGUUGUUGCAGUGUCUGAGAGGAGCCAUGUCUACCAUUGGUUGGUUUCUGAGCAGUCGUUAAUAGUAGCUGCUUACUUCAUGUUGUAA